AUGUUGGUUGUGGGACUCACCGGCGGGAUUGCGUCAGGCAAAUCCACCGCCUCGUACCUCAUCUCUUCGCACCCUGCUAAGAUCCCUAUCAUCGACCUAGACGUGCUGGCACGCGAAGUGGUCGCUCCGGGCCAAGCCGCUCUCACAGCUCUACGCAGCACUUUUGGACCUUCCGUCAUCAACAGCACCGACGGGACCCUGAAUCGCGCGGAGUUGGGUCGUCUUGCCUUUGCCACACCCGAAAAAACAAAGUUGCUCAACAAAAUCACCCAUGGAGCCAUCCGACGUCGCAUGGUGAAGAAGUUGCUCCUGUACUGGAUUCAGGGUCAAAAAGUUGUAGUCGUGGAUACACCGCUGCUGGUAGAAGCAGGGCUGUGGAAGCUUUGCGGUGAAAUGGUGCUGGUGUAUUGUAAGCGGGAAGAUCAGCUGAAGCGAAUGUUGAAACGAGAUGGUGAGAGUAAAGGUUUGAGCGAGGAGGAUGCCGAGCAAAGGCUGAAGGCGCAGCUUCCGUUGGAAGAGAAAUUGGUGUAUGCCGAUGCCGUGCUGGACAACUCGUCGAAUUUCGGUGAGAGAUUGCAAAAGGAUGAGCUUGCGGCACCGGAAUGGACGAGGAACUUGGACAGACAUACGUCUCUGGCACUGCGAUUGCAGGUAGACAAAUUGGUCGAGAGAUGGUUGCAUGGAUAUAGUGGCGUACGAGGCAGAUUGAGAUGGCUGGUGCAAUGGUUGUUGCCGCCAGUGGGACUGUUGAUGGGCGCCUUGAGAGCAUGGUUACGAACAUCGGCAGUGAAGGCAAGGUUGAAGACGGGUGCAAAGCCGUCCUUGCCCAGCAGCAAGCUGUAA